AUGGAGGACGGUCUGCUGGAGAUCAUGACCAAGGACGGCGGCGACAUGCCGGCACCUCUGGAGGUGUCCACCGUGCCGGCCGUUGGGGACGUGAUCUCCGGCGAGUACAACGGCGGCAUGAAGGAACUAAUGGAGCACCUGAAGGCCCAGCUGCAGGCCCUGUUUGAGGACGUGAGGGCCAUGCGGGGGGCCCUGGACGAACAGGCCUCGCACAUCCAGGUGCUCUCAGACGACGUGUGCGCCAACCAGCGAGCCAUUGUCUCCAUGUGCCAGAUUAUGACCACGGCGCCCCGCCAGGGCGGCCUGGGCGUGGUCCGCGGCAAGGGUAGCUUCCCGGGCGCCCCCAAAGAGCCCGAGACCCCUUCGCCUGGAAUCGAGGACAGCGCUUUACUGGGUCGCGAUCCUGAGGACGAGGACGACGACGAUGAAGAAGAGAAGGAAAUGCCCCGCUCCUCCACACCCACUAGUCACUGUGAGGGCUCAGAGAGCCCCUGUGCCGGUCUCCUUGGGGGGGACGGGCCACUUGUGGAGCCCCUCGAUCUGCCCGACAUUACCCUGCUGCAGCUGGAGGGCGAGGCCUCCCUGUGAGGGGCACCGAGGGGCACUACUUUCCCGAGCUGGCUUUGGGUUUCCGAGUGCAUGACGUGAGUGGACUGAACGGCGCGGUGCAGCACGCUUCCCUCCGACCGCUGCUCUGGGGGUCAGGCAGAGAGAGACUCCUUGAGGAAGGAUUUCUAGGGUGAAGGACUUUGGGAGCAUCGAGAAUUCUUUCUGCCUAACCAAGCGAGACGUAGCAAACUGCGGAAAGGUGAGGUUCCGGGAGAGGAAGCGCCCAUCUCUGGACUCCUAUCCAUCCCCUACCCUGCCCUUUCCCCCUCCUCAGCCAACAGGAGAACCCCUGAAUUGUGUAAAUAAAACUCUGCUUUUUCUAUUCUGAAAAAGGACUUAGCUAGGACUAUGGCAAAUAGUCUCUAACGAUUUACCUAGAAAUUAAGGAAUUGGGGCAUUCUGUUCUGGCAACAGAAAAUUUCCCCUUCUGCUGAAAUCCAAGAUAUUCGGCGCUCUGCAGAAGCCUCUCCCCUCACACAGAUCUUCGCGGCUGCUGAUUGGUAAAGGAGGCUUGAGGAGGGAACUGCAGCCCUAGGAAUCUGGGAGAAUGGGGUUCCCAGGGCUCCUGGGCUAGGAGGAGCUGGCUGUGAAUGUGCAUGAAGACAAAUAGCUCAACCUCUAGGAUUUUGCAUGCAGAGCGGAUCCUGCCUUGUCACUGACUACAUCUGGAAUUGCUUUUUCCACUCACUGGGACUUAGAGAACAAAGAGCCCAGUCCACAGGCAGAGACUUGGGGGUUCUCAGCAACAGCCCAGAUUUAGGGGACAUUUGAGGGGCUCUUGGGGGCCGCAUCCAAAAACUGUCUCUCUCCUGGCUACACCCGCUUAACUUCAGUUCCUUUUCCUUUCGAUAUGUCCCUGCCCACUGCCUCUCGGUCUGGCUUCCAUGUCUUGUGUGUGUUACGUGUGUCCACUUGUGUAGUAGUGUGUGAGCCCUGAGGGGCAGGGCGUGUGGCUCUGGUUUUAGGUUCAGGGGGCUUCAGACCCUUCUGUGAGCCCCAGGCUACCAUGGCACUUACCCCUCUCCUUCCCUCUUUCCCCCCACAGUCAGGGCAUGCAGCAUGUGACUGUCCUGAGGUUCUUAACUGAUGUGCCUCCCACCUCCUCAAGUGGUGACUUUGUGUGCCCUUCCUCCUCCUCUGUGUAUUCCUUCUCAAUGCUUUUCUUGGUGUUAACCUUAAUAAAGAGGCAUCAUCUCCCCUUCUUGCCUGCUGGUACUAGGGGGAUGUCAGGGUUGGGCUUCUCGGCUCACUGCAUGGACCAGGGCUCAGUGGGAACUGCAGGGACCACGUCUUCCCUCCUCUCUCCUUGCUUCUGGUUCCAAGGAGAUGACCAUACCUGCCCUAGUCAGAACAGGCAUUGCCUACGCUUCUGCUUUCCCUUCCACCCUGGACCUUGACUCCCAGCUGGACUGGGAAAGGACAGGGUAUGUGUUGAGACUCCCAAACUAACAAGGGUUUUUUAAUAGCCAGAACUCCAGAUGUGCAAGAGACUUCUUUUCAGUGAAGCACCUGACCCCCGCCCAAGAGAUGAUUUCUAAACCCAAGUCCUGAAAUGGCCUGACACCUGUUUCACGGGAGGGUUCAGGAGGGGGUAUUGUUUGUGAGGCAUUGCUGGGGAUCUCCGAGAGCCCCAGCCGAGCGACACAUCACAAAGGAAACUGCAAUGACUGCCUCAGCCUCCAGUGGAUAAUGUCUUACUCCGGGGAGCUUAGACUGACAUCAGCUCUCCUCAGCUCCCUUGGGCUUCAGAGAUUUCCCAAGGCUGCCCCAGAAAAUCUGGAAGAAGAAUAAGCUGGGGGGUGGUGUGUGUGUGUGUGAGCUUGCUGCUGGUUGCUGUGGAGAGAGCUCUGGAGUCCCGGAUCUGGGCUUGAAUCUCAGUUCCAGCACUGAUGAAUGCUUGAGAUUUAGAUUCUGCAUUGUGUAAAAUGGGGACAAAAAGUUUUGGGGGAGAAAAAUAUCUAAGGCUCCUGGGAAGUCUUGUGCAAAUGUUAGUUGUCUUAUAUGUAGUUCUCUUGGAAUAGGGUGGGUGGGGGAAUGGUGAUGACUGACUCCUCUGGGAAAACAAAAUGACCUAGAGAAGGUU